ACCCGUACAAACACACACAUACAUACAUAUUCCAUACACUAGAAUAUAGAGAUAUAUAGAUACAGAGCAAAAGAGAAAGUUAGAGAGAGAAAGAGAGAGAGUAUUUUUAUAUAGUUUCUUUUUCUUUGUUCUUUCUCUCUCUAAAAAUAAAUAUCUGCCCCAAGCCCCAUCACCGAAUCGCUCUCUCCUCAAUCGCAUUCUACACACAGAGAGUAGCAGAUUCGCCUCUCCUUCGAUUUUCUCUCGGUCUUGGUUUAUGAGCUCAAAGGAGAGACCCACUCUUGGUGGUACGCGGAUUAAGACCCGCAAACGGAAUAUUGCAGCGCCUCUGGACCCUGCAGCAUUUGCGGAUGCAGUGGUCCAGAUUUAUCUGGAUAAUGCUGGUGAUUUGGAACUUAUUGCGAAGAGCAUUGAAUCUGCAGACCUUAACUUCUCAAGAUACGGCGACACCUUUUUUGAGGUUGUCUUCACAGGAGGGCGUACACAGCCUGGCACAACUAAACCUGAUGAGGGGGAGCGCCAUCAUUUCUCUAUAAUUGACUGUGAGGCUACACGGGAAGCCAUUUUGCCAUCUGUAAUUUACAUACAGAAGAUACUGCGGCGAAGGCCUUUCCUGAUAAAGAAUCUUGAAAAUGUUAUGCAAAGAUUCUUGCAGUCAUUGGAACUUUUUGAAGAAAAUGAAAGUAAGAAGCUGGCAAUUUUCACCGCACUUGCUUUUUCCCAGAAGCUGUCAGGUCUCCCACCAGAGACUGUGUUUCAGCCACUGCUCAAGGAUAACCUUGUGGCCAAAGGACUAGUUCUCUCGUUUGUAACAGAUUUCUUCAGGGAGUAUCUGAUUGGUAACAGUCUUGAUGAUUUGAUUUCAAUUCUGAAGCGGGGUAAAAUGGAGGAGAAUCUUCUUGAUUUCCUCCCAUCUGCAAAACGGUCUGCUGAAUCUUUCUCAGAGCAUUUCAGUAAGGCAGGUCUUUUACCUUUGGUGGAAUACAAUGAGAAGAAAAUUUUUGAGGUGAAGCUGAAAGAAAUGAAAUCUGCAUUGACAUCCCAGAUAGCUGAGGAAACUGAUAUAACUGAAGUCAUAGAAACUGUGAAGCAGCAUGUUAAAGAUGCCAAAUUACCAGACAUUGAGGUUGUUCGGAUUCUGUGGGAUGUUAUAAUGGAUGCUGUUCAAUGGUCUGGGAAGAACCAACAGCAGAAUGCUAAUGCAGCCCUGCGCCAGGUAAAAACAUGGUCGGAAUUAUUAAAUUCCUUCUGUACCAGUGGGAAGCUCGAGCUGGAACUCAUGUACAAAAUUCAGGUCCAAUUCUACGAGGAUGCUAAGCUAAUGAAGUUGUUCCCUGAAGUUGUGAGAUCGCUCUAUGACCAGGAUGUGCUUGCGGAAGAUACCAUUCUUCACUGGUUCCGUAAAGGAACUAAUACAAAGGGCAGGCAAACCUUUGUGAAGGCUUUGGAGCCCUUUGUAAAAUGGCUGGAGGAGGCAGAGGAAGAGGAAUAAGUGUGUGGGUGGUGAUACUGUAAUGGACCAUUUUCAAAAUUUUUAAACGACCGUGUUCUAUUUUUUCGUGUGCUUAUGGCGAAUGUUUAAUGGUUUAUUACUUUCAAUAAUGUAGCCACUUUCUACUC